UCAGCUGCUGAAGGCUGGACAGGCGCGCGGUGUGGGGACGCUGAUAGCAGGGACAGACAGAGACAGGGUGGGGGGGGCGAGGCGGUGGACGGAGACUCCCUCGUCGUUGUCGUCGGUGACGGUGGCUCAGAUGGGCGCGACUCUCAGCUGAGCCGGCCACCGAUCCACCAGCAGCGGCCACCCAAUGCUGCCUGAGUCCAGCCGCCCACAGUUGGAUAACCCACAUCCUGCGAAUGACUCUCGGCUAUAACUGCCUGGCACCAUGCUCCCCCGAAACAUGCGAACAGGUGGUUGUGACCUGCCGGGGGUGGAGUCAAGCGAAGUGCCUCUCAUUGGCUACCGGCCCCUACAGCCUGACAACGGCACCCCGAGCAACCAAUCAAGGCGGGGGAGCGCCUGCGAUGAAUCGGAAACUUCACAGGCAGAGCUAUCACCAAUGAAGACCACCUGGUACUGUCCUCUGGAUCUGUCCACUGUGGUGGAGGAGGAGGACGAUGGAGUUAUCUACACGGUGGUGGUCAGGCAGCAGCAUAGUGCCCCCAACAGUGUGACGUCGGGGGUUUCUCGCUCCCAGUGUGUGAAAGCAGGGACGGAGGAGAAACUGGUUCUCCACCUCCUCCACUCCUUCUCUAUGGGAGACUCCUCCUUCAUCACCAUCUUCUUCUCCACCUAUCGGUCCUUCACCUCCACGGAGAGAGUGCUGGACAUCCUCACAGACAGAUUGGAGAACCCGCCCGGGAACAGCGAGAGGAGCCAGACGAGACAAUCUUUCAACAAAGCGGUGUGCACGGUGUUUAGCACAUGGCUCUCCGAGUAUCCUGAAGACUUUAAGAGUUUGGGAGAGCCCUCACGCCUGCUGCGCCUGGCGCCCCUGCUCCCCCAGGACUCCUCGUCUGCAGCCGACCUCCGCGCUCGCCUCCUCAGGAUAGCAGAAGAGCUCAGUGAGAAAGCCCUGCUCCCUGACAGCCGUAGAGGUCGGACCAGUAUCACCAGCCCUCCUCCAGACGCCUCCAAGUUUGAACCCACCAGCGUCCUUGGAUUCCCCGCAGCAAUCGUCGCUGAGCAGCUCACCAAAAUAGAGACAGAGCUGUUUGUCCGCCUGGUGCCAUACCAUUGCCUCGGCUCACUGUGGUCUCAGAGGGACAAGAAAGGAAGGGAAGACGUUUGUUGGUCUGUCCGCGCCACUGUCCGUCAGUUCAACAAGUUGGCCAAUGCAGUUUUAGCAUCCUGCCUUUGGUCUACAAAUCUGCGCAGCCAGCAGCGAGCCCGGCUGCUGGGGAAAUGGAUCAACGUGGCAGAGGAGUGCCGAGCCAGAAAGAACUUCUCCUCGCUGUAUGCCAUCGUGUCUGCCCUGCAGAGUAAUCCCAUCCACCGGCUGAGGAAGACGUGGCAGGACACUGACAGGGAGGCAGUGAGGAGAUACGAGGAACUGUCAGAAAUAUUCUCAGACAAGGACAACUACUCACAAAGCAGAGAACUCCUGAAGGAGGAGGGCACGUCAAAAUUCGCUAACCUUGACAACAGGCUCAACAACAAACAUCUCAACAGGUCCAACGCCCAGGGCACUGUGCCCUACCUGGGCAUCUUCCUCACAGACCUCACCAUGCUGGACACGGCGGUCAAAGACAGGCUGGAUAACGGCUACAUCAACUUUGACAAAAGGAGAAGGGAGUUUGAGGUUUUAGCUCAAAUCCGUCUCCUGCAGUCUUCCUGCAAAAACUGUGUUUUCACCGCUGACGAGGCGUUCAUACAGUGGUAUCAGAGUGUACCUACGCUAACAGAGGAGGAAAGUUACAGACUUUCCAGUGAAAUUGAAGCACCUGGUGAGCCGAGCCCCCGUGGCCUUACUCCAACAGUCAUCAUCACACAGUGCCCAGACCUGAGUACCUCUCGGACCAGCCUGACUGGUGACAGUGAAAGCCUCUUUGACUUCCAGUCCCCCGUCAAUAAUCUGCUCUCAAAACUCACAAAGCAUAUGAGAUCUCCGUCUGUGUCCUGUCUGGAUGUUGACACCUCUACUUCAACCAACGAGUCCACCCCUGCUGCUUUGACGCCAUCCACUCCCACAAAAUCACACCGCCGAUCAGUCUCCUGCGGCAACAACCCCGCCAACAACAUCCAAGGGUCGGGACCCGACAUGCGAAUCAUCAGGAUACGGAUGGACCUGCAGGAUGGAAACCUGUACCGAAGCAUACUGGUUACCAGCAAUGACAAGACUCCCACUGUGAUCAGCUCUGCCUUAGAAAAGCACAAUCAGGACCCCAAACAGACGUCCAGAUAUGAGCUGAUCCAACUUCUGCCUGAAGGAAAAGAACUGGUCAUUCCUGCUACAGGAAACGUCUUCUACGCCAUGACAUCAUCCAGUGUUGACUUCCUGUUGAGGAGGAAAGGCGGGAACACACCUCUGGGCUCACAGCCGAUAAACACGGAAACGAGCGCCACUUUUCCUCGAAUCAAGGCCAAGGGGAGGAGACUGGUGAGGACAUUAUUUUGACAUUUUACUGAACCCGACUUUGUCCACAGUGACGGAUUUGUCUCCUCACGAACAGUAAAUGUGGCCUUCUACACAUGCCUUCCUCCCACGCUCCUACAAAGCCCGUUCUACAAAAACACCAGGACCAAGUCCAAAUCAGCGACUCCAGAGCAGGUUUUGUCAAAUAUUUCAUACCUCCGGCUUCACUGCUGCAUUCUCUCGAGCUGUCUGCUGCUGAAGAACAGUCUCAGCUUUCUUCUUUUCCAAACAGUAUGCAUUACUAAUUUACACCCAGAGGAAGAGCAGUGGAAGCCUUUAACUGGUGCUGGCUCUCGAGUCCCAGUCAGGUAGCACUUGAUGCAUUUUAUUUCAUUCCAACUCAGCAACUAAGGUCUGUUUUAACUGCUUAUCGCCACCAGGAGAUCGCUCGUUGUUGUGUGCCUCAGUCGAGACGCUUCCAAUGUAAAAAAAAAAAAAACGAUUUAAUUGGUCAGAACUUCUGUCAUCACCUGAGAUGUUGUUGAAGGUUUUAAGACUGUUUUUUGGGAUGAUGAAAUCUAAAUAUACAGAUCCAGUCAGAUCUGGUAAACAGCACACAAAAGGAAGACGCAGAGAUACAGUACAAGUUCAUCUCUGCAGCAAAAACACUGGAGCUUUUCAAAGGAGAGAAAAAUAUGUUUUGUAUAUAUUAUAUUUUGUACAUCUGUAUGAUGUCAACGUUGUGUUUACACUGGCGAGGAGCUCAAGGUCCAUGUGUCUGAAUUCUCUAAUUUACCACCCCCACCCCCACCCCCAUCCCCAAAAAAAGCAACAAACCUUUGACCUUAAAAAGGCCAGCACGUGUCUCUAUUUCUUAAAAGUCAAUAUUUCGGCUUUGGCUCCUGCAAAAUUAGUUAAGUUAAAGCUGCAUUAAUCAAUAUUUUUAUAUUAACAAUUAAAUUAUUACUCAUAUUGAAAAAGGGGCUGCUUUUAUUGACUCACCUUAAAAAGAAUGACUGACUCUGCAGCUCUAGAAGACAAUAGUUUGUUUCAGACGGUAUUUAGGACCCUGGAAAUUUACUCCAUGGUUUAUUCUCACAGCUGCUAUCAAGAGUGUUUCUGGAAACAGCUUUUUAAAAAGAGCAGAUAAACCCACUGAGUGCUACCUGCUCAACAACAAUAGACAAAGUUAGCUGGUAGAAAAAGUUUUUAACAGCCACUGAAACCUUAAUGUUGAAAUGUAGACACCACUGAAUUCAUAGCAUGGAAACAUUUGAAACCUUUGAAACUUUGUAACUGAAUUAUUUAUUCUGAUAUUUGCUUCUUUUAAAUUAUUUAAUGACAUUUUUUGAAUUUGCAAUUUUAAAAGCUUUUUUUUCCUCACUGAGAUCCAAAAUCCCAGUUCUAUAAUUUUGAACAAAUAAAUAAAUGAAUAAAUAUAUAAAUACAUUUUAAAAAAUGCUCAAAACUAAUCUGGUCAAAUUGAGAUCUAACAACAAUUCAAGUUGUCAAGUUGAUUGCUCGAAACAUUCAGGCUCCAUUGCUGUUUUUUAACUAGAUUUUUUUUGUUUAUAGAAAUUUGUAGAUCUGAAUUUGACAAAUCAAAUCUGAGACACCUGAAUGUGUGGGGUUUUUUUGUUUUUUGUUUUUAAUUGAGCAUUAUUUAAACUGAGACUUGAAUCUUUGGACCUUAAUGUGUAAACAUGGAAAAAUAUCAUCUUUUGAAAUUGCAAUUUAAAAAUAAAACCUUAUUUUAAUUUCAAAGAGGCUAAUUCAGAACAAAUAAACAGAUAAAAUUCAGAUACUUACAUCUAGCUGUUAAAAUGGUCAGAUAUUUUUACUCAGGAGUUGCUACAGACCAAACUGUCUUUUAAAGGAGAGUGAUGAAACGCACUUAUUUUACACAGACAUUCAACUCCAGAUACAAUACUUCCUCUUCAGCUAGAUGUGCAUGUCGGCAGCUGUUCACUAACACGUUAGCUGCAACAACUUUAUAAGAUGAGAGAAAUUUUCUUGCAGCUCAUUUUGGAUUUCUUCUGACCCCUAGUGGCCAAAAAUUGAUUAUUGCCGCUUAAAAAAAAAAAAAAAAAAAACUUUAAGCACUUUGAAAGCUUGUAGCUUUGCUUCAGUUGUAAAAACAAAAAAAUCACAUAAUGAAAACAAUGAGAAAAUCCUUAAAAAUGAAUUCACCACCACAUUUACAUCUAAGGUUUUCCAGGUUUGAUUUAUUUUAACAGAGCAUAAGCUAAACUUAAUUUAUGCAGGUUUUUACACAGCUCAGCAGGACACACACUCACGACUGUUUACACACAGUACACAGCCUCAGCUCCAAUUUCAUGUU